AUGGCUUUCCAAGUGAGGCAACCUAGGAAUCGCGAGCUUCUCGGCGGAGACCUCCUCGCGCAAUCCCUAGCUCAUCUAGGGGCGACCACUGCGUUCGGUAUUCAUGGGGGCCACCUGGACAGCUUCCUCAUCGCCGCCGUCGAAGCCAACAUCAAGCUCAUAGACGUGCGUCACGAGACCGUCGCUGUCCAGGCCGCCGAAGGCUGGGCCAAGGUCAAGGGCAACGGCGCGCCCGGCGUUUGCUUCAUCACGGCCAACUCUGGCUUCUGCAACGGCCUGCCCGGGCUUAGCACCGCGUUCGCGGACCGCUCUCCCGUCUUCUGCAUCACGAGCUCGCCGCCGCUGCGCGACGCCGAGACGAAUACCCUCCAAGGCUUCCACGAUCAGGUCGUUCUGGCCAAGCCCGUGACGAAAUUUGCGCACCGCGUCACCGUCGUGAACGAGAUUCCUCGCAUCGUGAGCCUGGCGUGGCGGGCGACGACGGCGGGGGCCCCAGGGCCGGUGCUUGUCGAUUUCCCCAUCGACGUGCUCUUCACGCCUGUCGAGGUCGACAGCGUAGCUUGGGGAUCCAUCACGGCACCGCCGGUGUCGCUUCCCGCGCCUGAUGCUGGAGCGGUCGAGAAGGCGAUAGGUCUCUGGAGGGAAGCGAAACGGCCCGUCAUCAUAGUCUCGACCGGUGCGGCGAGGGCCGCAGAUGAGGUUUUGAAGCUCGCGGAAGCGACAAACACUCCUAUCUUCCACUCGCCCAAGUUUUCCACGACAAUCCAGCGCUCGCAUGCUCUUUUUGCCGGCGCGGCGACCCAGCUCCCGUUCUUGCGCGCUCAGGGGCCUGCUCCGGAUUUUGUUCUUCUGCUGGGAGCUAGGACUGGUUUCUUGAUCGGUGGUAGAAGCGGUGCGAUUGUGCCGAAUGAGAGCGACGCAAAGGUCGUUCAGGUUGAUCUGGACGGGAGUGAGAUUGGGCGCUCAAGGAGGGUCGAUGUCGGCAUCGUGUCUGACGUUGGACUCGCAGCCAGGGCUCUCACAGCCGCGGCGUCCAUGUCAUCUUUCAAGGCAUCCAGCGACUGGGUAGGCAAGGCUCUGGCGUUGAAGAAGCCAAGCGUCCACUCGGCCGGGAACGAGAGGGAGUCGGUGAUCAUCAGUGAGAACGACCGCAUCCAUCCCUAUCAUGGCGUGAAGACGUUCUUCCAAUCUCUGCCCGAAGACAGCAUAAUUUGCAUGGACGGCGGCGAGUGCGGUGGAUGGGCCUUGCAGUCACUGAACGAGGCGAGAGCGAGACUGUCAAUAGUGACGACCGGAUAUCUAGGUUUUUUGGGCAACGGCUUUGGAUAUUCUCUUGGGGCCGCCGUUGCCGCACCAGAUAAGCUGGUCGUCAACCUGCACGGAGAUGGCAGCGCAGGAUUCCACAUUGGCGAGCUCGACACCUACGCCAAGUUCGGCCUGAACAUCCUCACAGUCGUGGUGAACAAUAGCGUCUGGGGCAUGUCGCAGGCCGGGCAGAAUAUGAUCUACGGAGAGAAGACGCCGCAGCGGCCGUGCGUCGCGAUGAACCCAAAGGUCAAGUACGAGGUUGUCGCGCAAGGCUUCGGCUGCGAGUCGGCGGUGGUGGACGUCGUCAAGGAAAACGGCGCCAGCAACGGCCCAAAGACGUUGGAGUCUCUCAAGGUCGCGGUGCGGACUUUGACGAGCGCGAGGCAGCCAUCUUUGCUCAACUUGAAGGUGUCUGAUGUGCCGUAUCAAAAUACUACAAAAGCCAUGGUUGGAGGAAGCAGUGAUCCCCACAUCAUUGUUGUACCGUACUAUGGAAACCUUCCCAGACCGUACUACAAGAAGGCUACAGAGGGCGCGGUUGGGACUGCGAAUGCGGCCCCGGCAUCAGAGGAGGAGAGCUUUGUCGAGGGCCAUGGCACAAUUCAGUAG